GCCUUGUUAAACACCGUGCCGUGUCAUAAACUGCUUGUGGCACAUGUAUUUUUUAUUAUUAUCUCCUCUAGGGAAGGUUUCAAUUAAAGUUAAAGGAAUACACGGAAACAGACAACAAAAUGCAAGGUCCAGCAGUUUUUAUGGAUGUAUCUCUUGAAGAUCAAGCUCUAGAACUAAGGAAAUACUUCAAGAGUCUCGGUGCGGAGAUUGCUGAAGAGAAGUCUCCAAAAGGAAUAGAAGACGACUUGCAUAAAAUUGUUGGAGUUUGCGAUGUUUGUUUCAAGGAACCAAAUGAAGCUGAGAUUGAAGCUGUCCUCAACAGUAUUGUUUCUAUCAUGGUGUCGAUCCCACUGGAGAGAGGAGAAAAUUUGAUUGUAGCCUUCAGUCAAAGGCUUUCGAAGGCACCAGGACCCAAGCUCGGUAUGGUGGUACUACAGGCACUAUGGCGCUUAUACAACAACUUGGAGGCCAACUCGCCUCUCCGAUACCAUGUAUAUUACCAUGUAAUAGAGCUGGCAGCGCGAGUUGGCUACGUGCGUGAGGUCUUCACCAGUGUUGAGCAACUGAGGAAAGAGUUUUCUGGCUGUCCUCCGACCAAUGAACAAAUGCAAAAACUAUACAGACUGUUACAUCAAGUUGUCAAAGACCAGAACAGUGAACUGGCUUCAAAGGUUAUGAUUGAACUGCUGGGCACAUAUACUGACGAAAAUGCAUCUUAUGCAAGAGAGGAUGCUAUCAAAUGUAUCUCAACUGCACUGGCUGAUCCCACUACAUUCCUUUUGGAUCCUCUCCUGUCCCUCAAACCUGUAAGAUUCCUAGAAGGUGAACUUAUCCACGACCUUCUCACUAUUUUCGUAUCAGAGAAACUCUCCAGCUAUCAGACCUUCUACCAGAAUCACAAGGAAUUCGUUCAUUCUCAAGGCUUAGACCAUGAACAAAAUGUAAAGAAAAUGAGGAUACUGUCCUUCAUGCAAAUGGCUGAGGUCAACCCUGAACUCAGCUAUGAUGAAAUUAUUUCUGAACUCCAAAUUGAGGAGAAAGAUGUUGAGGCAUUCAUCAUUGAAGUUCUGAAGACCCGUUUAGUGCGCGCGCGUAUGGACCAGAAUGAGCGAGUCGUCCGCGUGUCAAGUACGAUGCACCGCACGUUCGGUCGCGCGCAGUGGCAACAGUUGCGUGACGUGUUGCUGGCGUGGCGCGGUAAUGUACAGUCCGCACACGAAGCUAUGAAGUCCGUGGCCGCCGCACAAAUCGAAUACGCAACCCAAAACCAGAAAGCGUAAAUUUGUUUACUGCAGAUUUUUACAUAACUUGCGAUCAGGGUGCCUAGAUUAGCAUAAUAUGAUUAAAAUUUUACCACAAUCAUUUCUUUAAUUCCUGUUUUCAUUAAAAUUCGGUUCCAAGUAUUAAAGGGUGCAAUUCUAGGCACUACAUUAAUACAUAGUUAGUAUGAUUUCUUCCUUUAGG